AUGCACCCGGAAAUCCCCGCUCGUAUUUCAGUCUUGUACCGGUUGUCCCGGAGAGUCGAGGCGACGCGGGUCAUGGCCAACCGGUACCCCGACCACUCGGACGACGAGGCGCCGCGUUCGCGCUGCUCCAGCCGGUCUGACCGUGAGUCCGACUCCUCGGGUCGGGACGCGAAUCGCGCGCGGCGCGAGCUGGCGUCGGACGCGGCGCGCUGGUCGCGAGGCCUACUAAAAACAGGCGACCAGCGCGCGGCGCCCUCUCGCGGCCUGCCGAUCAUCACGUUCACCUUGAUCCUCCUGAUGUGCGCGGCAUUCCUCCAACAACAAGAGUUGACAAUUUUGUUCAAGAAGGACAGGUGGUGGCACCUGCGCAGGUGGUGGUACCCCUUCCCCUUUCUGUUUCUCCGGCACAUGAGCUCGCUCCACCUGGCCGCGAACGUGUUCGCCCUCUUCCAAUUCGGCUCGGUGGUUGAGCCGGCCGUCGGCAAGGCGCGCAUGCUCGCGGUGUACGUCCUCUCGGGCGCCGCGGGCUGCCUGGCUCUCCAGCCGUACCGCCGUACUUGGUACGCGUACGUAUGGGAACAACGCACAAUUUGGGAAGCCUGGCAUGUCGGGGAAGGCCCGCGACCUUUUGAUUUGGAACUAGCCGUCUACACCUUCUUAGUAGGCGGCGUCGGCGCCCCUACGGCGGCGGUGCUCGGCGUCGGCGGCGUGAUGCUGGCCCUGAAUCGCCGGACGCUCUGGACCCCGUUCGGCGUCCGAAAGCCCCACGACAUCCGAGUCAUGCUCUGGGUAAACGUCGCGGUGAACGUCCUCUUGUGCGAGUGGGUCGAGGCCAAGCUUCUCUACUCCGACGACCGCGAUUACAGCGGAUGCGGCCCACGCCCGUUAACGCGGCCCACGCCCGGCUGCCCGCGCAGGGUCGAGCGCAGAGCCAGGUACGCGGCCCACGCGGGCGGCCUCCUGGCGGGCGCCGCGCUUGGGUACUUUCUGUGAAGGCGCAGCGCGCAAAAGCUUGGC